UGGAAAGCAAAAGACAAAAGAUAAUGAAUGAACAACUAGCCCAACUAAAGGAAAUCACUUCAAACUUUCUUAAAAUCUGUGGAACUAAUAUUCCAAGGACUGAAGGGGGAAAUGGCAACACAGGUGCAAAAAGUAGUGAAAUUGUUGGUCGGAUGGAGGGGGAGCGUCAAGGGGAAGAGUCACAAGUCAAUAGUGAAAAGUCUGGUAAAGAUUCUACGAAAGAAUUAGCAAAAGCAAUUAAACUAAGUCUAUCGAGUAAAAACUCAGGAAUAAGAAGAAACUGUGUUUGAUAGUAAAAUGAAAUAUGAAAACUUUUACGAUUACUUUCAGUCAGAAUUAAGAUCACACAAACUAUUGCAUGUAAUUGAUAAAACUCGAAUGCCGUGUUGAUGAGAAAACGCUUGAAGAUCAAAAAUUUAAAGUCAGAAAUAUUCUUAUUAACCAUUUAGACAGGAAGUAUCACUCAAGAAUCAUGAAGUAUAACGAUCCAGUAGAUAUCUUAUCAUCAUUAAAGGAAAUUGAAAGAUCUGAAAAUAAUGUCACCUCAUUUGCUGUUAGAAAAUAAAUAUUUAAUAUGAAGUAUGUAAAAGGAAAGACAACAGCUCACGAAUUUCUUCAAAAAUUUGAAGAUACAAUAGCGAGCUAUGAAAAUUCCCCGGGUGCAAAUCCUGUAUCUGAAGACGAAAAGAACGACGCACUACUCAAUGCAGUAAUGGUAUCAAUACCCUCAGUUCAAACACAUGAGAGGACAGCUAAAUUACACAAACUACCACCUCUCACAUAUGAUCAGCUUUAUCUUAUUGUUAUGGAAGAUGAAGCCAUAAAUAAACAAGUCAGUGGGGAUAAAAAGAAUAUUCGUGCAGCAAAUUUUGCUGGGAAAGGCACAUGGUAUUAUGAUUGUGGCAGUUAUGAUCAUAUUGCUUUGUAUUGUCCUAACAAGGGACAGAAGGUAUGCUACAAAUGCAAUGGAGUUGGUCACAAAGCAAAAGCCUGUCCAUCAGGUGGCGGAUCCAGCAGUCAGUCGAGGGGUGGCUACAACAAUUCUAAAUUGCGGGGGUAUUAUUCUCAGGAUGUCAUGGGUCGAGAUGCCAUGAGAUGUGGAAUCAAAAGGAAGAUCGAAGGUGGAGGUCAGAAUACUGCUAAACGAGGACGAUUCAAUGAUGGCAGGGGGUUUGGCAGAGGUAGAAAUCAAUCGAAGUACCAAAGGUCCAAGACAUGGACAAGGACAACUUCAGCUAAGAAUGGAGACAAAUCAUCUGAUGGUGACAAUGACCAGUAUAAAGGUCACAAAGAAUCCAAGUAAAAGAGUUAAGGUCUGAAUUGAAAAACUCUCCAGAGAACAACUGAAGCAGUCGGGAGGGAGUGUCGGAGUUUGGCACCUGUUCCAGUUCUCUAUCCUACCAUUACUCAUACUUUACUGCUUUGUAUAGAUGGCGUGCAUGCGCCGAUCGCCUUAGCAACAGUGACUGUGCGACGCACUUUACUUGGAUACGCGCUGUGG